UGGGAAAAAGAGAACCAAAUCUCGACCAAAGACAAAAAGAAGAAACAAAGAAGCAAAAAGGAAAAUGAGGACAAAAAAAAUGUCCAAUCUAGUGAUAUAGAAAAGGAAGAAAUAAAAGAGAAAGAAAAGAGAAUACAGAAAGAGAUAUUAGAAAGA